GGUAUACCCAAGCACAGCUGGCAUAUACUGACAAGACUGCAAGGCGCAGAAACCCUGGAACUUUGCUUCUGGUAAAGCGCGAUACAGCGAUAACAUUCGGGCAAGAUGGCGGGUCGCCUGGGAAUGAUGCAGCCGCCGGUGAUUGUCCUUCGCGAGGGUACUGACACCUCGCAAGGCACGCCGCAGCUGCUGUCGAACAUUGGAGCCUGCACAUCGGUCGUCUCGUGCAUUGCCUCCACGCUCGGGCCACGCGGGAUGGACAAGCUGAUUGUUAACGAGCGCGGAGAAGCGACAAUCAGCAACGACGGCGCGACCAUCCUCAAGCUGCUGGAGAUCGUGCACCCGGCUGCGCGGACGCUGGUGGAUAUUGCGCGAGCGCAGGACGCAGAAGUGGGAGACGGAACAACCAGUGUCGUGUUGCUUGCGGGAGAGAUGCUCAAGGAGAGCAAGCAGUUCAUCGAAGAGGGUGUCAGCCCGCACGUCAUCAUCAAGGGCUACAGGAAGGCGGCAACGAUGGCUAUUGAUAGGAUCCGGGAAAUCUCAGUAUCCAUCGACAAGUCAGACAAGGAAGCCUUCCGGGAUCUUCUUCUGAAGUGCGCCGGCACAUCCAUGUCCUCCAAAUUGAUCGUCUCACAACGUCCCUUUUUCGCACGAAUGGUCGUGGACGCAGUCACUACUCUCGACCAGGAAGACUUGGACGAAUCUCUCAUUGGCGUGAAAAAGGUGCCUGGCGGCGCGAUGCAAGACUCGCUGCUCAUCAAAGGUGUCGCAUUCAAAAAGACAUUUGCGUACGCUGGCUUUGAGCAACAGCCAAAGAGCUUCACGGACCCUAAGAUCCUCUGCCUGAACGUUGAACUGGAGCUCAAGGCGGAAAAGGACAACGCCGAGGUGCGCAUCAAUGAAGUGUCCGAGUACCAAGCAAUUGUCGACGCCGAGUGGCAGAUCAUCUAUGCCAAGCUCGAAGCGAUCGUCAAGACCGGCGCUAAGGUGGUCCUCUCCAAGCUUCCCAUCGGUGAUUUGGCUACACAAUACUUUGCCGACCGCAACAUCUUCUGUGCCGGUCGUGUCCCCGCCGAUGACCUCAAGCGCGUCAUUCAAGCUGUCGGUGGAAACAUUCAGUCGACGUGCUCGGACAUUCAGCCACACCACCUGGGCACUUCCGCCAAAUUUGAGGAGAAGCAGAUUGGCGGAGAGCGGUUCAACCUGUUCGAGGGGUGUCCCAAGGCCAAGACGUGCACGCUGAUCCUGCGUGGCGGCGCAGAGCAGUUCAUCGCCGAGGUCGAGCGCAGUCUGCAUGAUGCGAUCAUGAUCGUCAAGCGCGCCAUCAAGAACAGCAGCGUCGUCGCGGGCGGUGGUGCAAUCGAGAUGGAGCUUUCAAAGUACCUGCGCGAGCACGCGCGGACGAUCCAGGGCAAGCAGCAGCUGAUCAUCGCCGCGUUUGCCAAGUCGCUCGAGUGCAUCCCGCGACAGCUGUCUGAUAACGCAGGCUUCGACGCGACCGACCUGCUCAACCGCCUCCGCAUGCGGCAUGCGCAGGGACACAUGUGGGACGGCAUCGACAUCGACAGCGAGGGCGUCGCGGACAACCUCGAGCGCUUCGUGUGGGAGCCGAGCCUUGUAAAGAUCAACGCCAUCUCCAGUGCGGCGGAGGCAAGCUGCUUGAUCCUCAGCGUCGAUGAGACCAUUAGAAACGAGGCAUCAGAGAAGCCGAAUCCAGGGCCGAAAGCACCGCCAGGCACGGCACAGAGAGCCCUGCGCGGGCGCGGUCGAGCCAUGCGAAGGUGAUCAAAUAUCGAGUGUUUAGGCCAGGCCUAUGAGGAUGUACUGUGCGGAUGUAGUGGAGACGAUUGCACACAUACUCUUUGCACAAGCAAGC